UGAGGGGGCGUGAUACAUCUAGCGAUUCUACCGAUUCUACAGUCGGAUCCGAUAGCGGAGGCCGCAGCAUUUAGAUCUCUGCGGGCGGGCUGCCGCAUGAAUCGAGCGCCUGGAAAUUAAGCCCCGAGCGAGAGAGACGAAGUGAGGGAAAAGAAAAGGUAAGUGCCCUCGUCACCGCUAGAGAUCAGUAGAGUGGUACCGUAGUCUGGGAAUAUCAAGUUCUUGAUCAAGCGCUGGUGCUGCUCUAGGGUGGACCGCUGCUGGUGAGACUCAUCUAUGGCACCUUUUUCUAGAGGGUAGAGCUGAGUUGUAGACUGGUGUGUUUUGUCUUUAAUCUUGGAUCUGGGCGUUAAGUGAGCUUAUGGACCAGCUUGGGAUUCUGUGGUUGCCGAAGAAUGCAGACGAUAGAAGUCGGAAUGCAAGUCAGAUAGAGGAACACUGACUAGAACUAGCUAGCUGCUGAGUUUCGAGGGUGAGUGGAUGAGACAGAGAAACUUAGCUAUCGUAGCUGCGCUGCAGUCUACAUUUACUUGUCUGUUUCGCUCCUCAUCUCAGCUCCCUUUCCGAAAGGACAUUAGACGAUUUGGAAGUUCUUCUCUGUUCGCCCUGUCAAUCUUCUCUCAAUCCACUCGGCGAAAUCGGAUUGUUACAGGAGCUCUCAGCAAGGGCAGGUUUAGAGUGGACUCUGUGGGAAUGGCCCCGGGCGGAGACACCCCAGCUCCCACUCCUUCGAACAUGGGCAGCAUUAUGCCUGGGUGGUUUUCGGAGAUCGGUUCCAUGUGGCCUGGCGAAGCCCACUCCUUGAAGGUGGAGAAGAGCCUGUUCGAUGGGCAAAGCGACUUCCAGCAUGUUCAGGUUUUUCAGUCGGAAACCUACGGCAAGGUGCUUGUUUUGGAUGGCGUGAUUCAGCUGACGGAAAGGGAUGAGUUCAGCUACCAAGAGAUGAUCACACAUCUUCCGAUGUGCUCUGUUACCGAUCCCAAGAGGGUCCUCGUAAUUGGAGGAGGUGAUGGAGGUGUGCUCCGAGAAUUGUCUCGACAUAGUUCUGUUGAGAGGAUUGAUAUGUGCGAGAUUGACAAAAUGGUGGUCGAGGUUUCUAAGGAAUUCUUUCCAAAUGUUUCUAUUGGAUUCCAAGAUCCGCGAGUCAAUCUUGUCAUUGGAGACGGUGUGAAGUUUCUACAAGAGGCCGACACCGGCACUUACGAUGUGAUCAUUGUGGACUCUUCCGAUCCUGUUGGUCCUGCUGAAGGUCUUUUUCAGAAACCAUUUUACGAGUCGCUUGCGAGGGCCCUGCGACCCGGUGGUGUGGCCUGCACGCAGGCAGAGAGUAUAUGGUUGCACCUUCCAAUUAUUAAGGAAGUCGUAUCUAUCUGCUCUGGAAUAUUCACUGGUUCAGUCAACUAUGCGUGGACGAGUGUCCCAACCUAUCCAAGUGGAGUGAUUGGGUUUAUGCUUUGCUCAACCGAGGGUCCAACAAAAGUGAAUUUUAAGAAGCCCGUUAAUCCCAUUGAAGGGAUUGUUACGGGUGAAGCUGCGAAGUCUAGACUAAUGAAGUAUUAUAACUCGGAGGUCCAUGAAGCGGCAUUCAUUCUUCCUCAAUUUGCGAAGAGCUUCUUGCAGGAUUCUCUCAGUACAUGAGUCCUGUUUCGAUAGUAACAAUAGUCUGUCAAAGGGCAUUACUUGUUAGAUGAUUCCCUCGAUUAGUUGAAUCUUUUUCCUUUUAUUGUAAAUUGAGGUGAGACGGAAUCCGGAAGAAUUUUGUGUACCAUUCCACCAGAAAUAUCUUCGCAGUAAAGAUACCUUCCAUGCCAGUGAGCUCUGCUUGAAAUGACAGAAAGGAUUAUUUUCUUUCUCUAUGGUUCCCAACCUAAUAUUGAGAAGCGUAGCGUUUCCAAGGUCAGGAUGGCCAAUAUCUAUUUUCUUUUCACUAUCUUUUAACUCUGGUUGUAGGUCAGAUAAAUCAUUAGCGAUCUUUGAGGGCCCGACCGCUUAUUCGAUCCAUCCACUUGCCAAAUGGCAGGACGGUUAUUCCGGCCCUUGUGAAAUUACACCUUACACUGCUCGCU